UAUUAUUUUCGUUGAGCAGACCAGACCACAACCCAGUCGAUCCACCAAACCAGCCCGUCUCCUGUGUCGCGACAGGGUUGUCCGUAGCCGGAGCCGAAUGGACUCCUCCACCCCGCCACCACCCCUCGAACCUCCGUCAAAACUCCCCAUCAAGCGCAAAAACCCUAACCCCAGUUCUUCCCUCACCACCACCACCACCACCACCACCACCACCGACCACCACCACCUCCCUGACGUUGCCGCCGUCUCCCCGCCGUCCAAGUUCCACCGGAUCUGGUCCGAGCCCGACGAGAUCCGCUUCCUCCAGUGCCUCCUCGACUGCGCCUCCUCCCAGAACCUCUCCUUCCCCCGCGACCUCCGCGUCUUCUACCGCCGCUUCUCCGCCUCCUCCGCCUCCUCCCAGCCCUACUCCAAUUCCCAGCUCUACGAGAAGCUCCGCGGCCUCCGCAAGAAGUUCCGCGCCGUCUCCUCCCGGCUCGACCGCGGCGCCCUCGAUCCCUCCCGCCUCUCCCCCCACGACCGCGCGCUCUUCGACCUCUCCGAGAAGCUCUGGAGCCCCAAGUACGCCUCCGUCUCCCCCUUUGGCACUGGUAAUAGCAAUGGUAGUAACAAUGCGAAUAGGGGUUUCGCUAGUGGUGGGGGUGAUGUCAUGCCUGAUGAUGGGCUUGGCUUGGUAGGCGUCAGGGUUAGUUUCGCCGCGGAGUUGCAUUUGGGGUCGAAAGGCUGGGACGAGACUGGUAGGGGCAUGAUCGGUUGCUCAGAGGAGGAAGAGGAGGAGGAGGAGGAAGGGGAGGAGUAUUAUGUGGCUGACGGUCUUCACGGCAAUGCAAAUGGCGCUGAUGCCGUGCGUGGUGAUUGCCAUGGAGACUUGAAGAUGAAAGAGGUGAACGUUGAUUGCGAUUUCGAUGGGCGAGAAAAUGGGGUUGAGAUUUUGAAUGAGACUAGUGGCUUAGGUGGUGGUGGUGGUGGUGGUGGGAUAGGUGAAUUGGUGAAGAGAGCUGCUUUGGAUGUGUUUGAUCAGUCUUUGGAAGAGGUCAAGGCGGGUUUCUCGCAAGAGCGUUUGCAUUGCUAUUGCAGAUGUAGCUGCCUUUCGGAUGACUCUAGCUUUGCUGCGUUCAAGGAUAGGCCGGGGUCUUUGCAAGAUCAAAGGUCGGCAGAGUUGGAUGUUUUCGGCCGACGGUUGAGGUUGAUUAUCGAGGAAGUACUUACCAGGAAGUGAGUAUGUGUUCCUUCUGUAACUACGAUCUCGGUGCAUCACACCGAGAAGUGCAGGUUUCACUUACCAGGCUAAUGUUAUUAGAAUUGGGAUAGGUGGUUUCUUGAGUGCUUAUUAUAACCUAGGAAAUGAGUUCACAGCCCUUCUGUAGAUAGAAUCUGCUCUCAUUCAUCUAAGCAUAUUAUUGUACAUUCCUCUAUCUAAGUGCAUUCUUGAGUUGUAUAUCCAUUUUCCUGGAUCA